UGUAGUUUCUGGAGGGAGUGGCGUCCUGAUUUCCUUGGCGUGGGUCAGUGCUUGGUGAGGAGAGAUGAACGGGAAGCGGCCUGCCGAUCCUGGCCCAGCGCGGCCUAUGAAGAAGGGAAAGAAGCAAGUAGCGGCAGAGUUUUCGGACGCUCUCACAGAAGAAACCGUGAGGAAGCAAGUGGCUGAGGCCUGGAGCCGCCGGACUCCGUUCAGUCAUGAAGCUGUUGUCGUGGACAUGGACCCUUUUCCUCACUGCGUGAUCCCAAACUUCAUCCAAAGCCAAGACUUCCUGGAAGGACUUCAGGAAGAGCUUUUGAGCCUGGACUUCCAUGAGAAGUACAAUGAUUUGUAUAAGUUCCAACAGUCUGAUGACUUGAAGAAGAGAAAAGAGCCCCAUAUCUCAGCUUUAAGGAAACUUAUGUUUGAAGAAUUUCGGGCCUGGCUUUCUAAGGUUUCCAGCAUUGACCUAGACCCAACCAUUGACAUGUCCUGUGCUAAAUACGAGUUCACUGAUGCUCUGCUCUGCCAUGACGAUGAGCUGGAGGGGCGCAGGAUCGCCUUCAUCCUGUACCUGGUUCCUUCUUGGGACAGGAACUUGGGAGGCACCCUGGACCUUUACGACACUGACGAACACUUGCAGCCAAAGCAGAUUGUCAAGUCUCUUAUCCCUUCCUGGAACAAGCUGGUGUUCUUCGAAGUGUCUCCAGUAUCCUUUCACCAGGUCUCUGAAGUCCUGUCUGAGGAAACAUCACGUUUAUCUGUAAGCGGCUGGUUUCAUGGUCCUUCACUAACCAGGCCUCCCACCUACUUUGAGCCCCCAGUCCCUCGAAACCCUCACAUCCCACAAGACCAUGAAAUUUUAUAUGAGUGGAUCAACCCUGCCUACCUGGAAAUGGAUUAUCAAAUGCAAAUUCAAGAGGAAUUUGAGGAAAGGUCUGAAAUUCUCCUGAAGGAGUUUCUUAAGCCUGAGAAAUUUGCAAAGGUCUGCGAAGCCUUGGAGAAAGGAGAUGUGCAGUGGAAUAGCCGUGGUCCCCCCAACAAAAGGUUUUAUGAACAGGCGGAAGAAAGUAAUCUCCCUGAUGUACUGAAGGAGUGCAUGCGCCUGUUUCGCUCAGAGGCGCUGUUCUUGCUGCUGUCCAACUUCACUGGCCUGAAGCUUCACUUCUUGGCCCCAUCAGAAGAUGAUGAGAUUGAAGACAAAGGACAGGGAGAAGCAGCCUGUGCUGCUGAUGGCACUGAAGAAGGGACUAGCCAAAGACCCCCAGAGCCUGAGAAUAAUCUGGCAGCCAUUGGUAGCCACAGUCAAGAGAGUGCUGAGCAGGCCGACAUGGAACCACAGGAAGAUGAAGCAAAAAAAGAAUCAAGUGUUCCCAUGUGCCAGGGGGAGCUGAGGCAUUGGAAGACUGGUCACUACACUUUAAUCCAUGACAACAGCAAAACUGAAUUUGCCUUGGACCUGUUUCUCUACUGUGGCUGUGAAGGCUGGGAGCCAGAAUAUGGCGGCUUUACUUCCUACAUUGCUAAAGGUGAAGACGAAGAGCUGCUCAUAGUGAAUCCAGAAAACAAUUCCUUGGCAUUAGUCUACAGAGAUAGGGAGACUCUGCGAUUUGUGAAGCACAUUAACCACCGAAGCCUAGAGCAAAAGAAAACCUUCCCAGACAGAAGUGGUUUCUGGGACUUCGCGUUCGUCUAUUACGAGUAACAGGGCAAUGCCGCCUCGCAUUCACCUCAUCUGUGUUGGGAACCCUGGAGUCUUCGUGGAGUGGG